UCCACAUCCAUUGGCCGAGCCAACUGAUAAGCAAGCGGCGAGGACGCAGCAGCCAGCCAAAAAAAAUCAGGAAGAGAAGAAGAAAAAGAACGAAAAAUGGUGCUGGUUUUCGAGGCCGCCUUCGUCCAAGCCCCCGAGCACCGGCCGAAGCCGGUCGUGUCCGAAGUUGGCGGGAUUCCCGUCAUCGAUCUCGCCCCGAUCCACCACCUUGACGGCAGCCUCGAGUCGGCCCUGCCGCCCGAGUUGGAGGAUCUGGUGGCGCAGGUGGAGGCGGCGUGCCUCGAGUGGGGGUUCUUCCAGGUGAUCAACCACGGGGUCCAGCCAGGAGUGGUGGAGAGGGCGUGGGCGGCGGCGAGGGGCUUCUUCGCCUUGCCGCCGGAGGAGCGGAGUCGGGUGCGGCGCGACGAGGCGAACCCGCUCGGAUACUACGAGGCGGAGAACACCAAGAAUGUGCGGGACUGGAAGGAGGUGUUUGACAUGGUCAUCUACGAGCCGGCCUUCAUCCCCUCUCUAGCGGCGGACGGCAAAGAUGCCGAUGAGCCGAUCCAGCUGCGAAACCAGUGGCCCCAAUCGCCGCCUGGAUUUAGGGAAGCGUUGGAAGAGUAUGCCAAGGCCACAGAGGUGCUAGCUUUCAAGUUGUUGGAACUGAUUGCGCUUACCUUGAACCUACCGGCCAAGAGGCUGAAUGGCUUCUUCAAGAAUCAGACCACCUUCAUGAGGCUCAACCACUAUCCACCCUGCCCCUCCCCCGACCUUGCCCUUGGCGUUGGUCGGCACAAGGACGCCGGUGCCCUCACCAUCCUCGCCCAAGACGAUGUAGGUGGGCUUGACGUCAAGAGCCAAUCAGACGGCGAGUGGGUUCGCGUUAAGCCUAUCCCCAAUUCCUUCAUCAUCAAUGUAGGCGACCUUGUUCAGGUAUGGAGCAAUGACAAGUAUGAGAGCGCAGAGCACAGGGUUUCGGUGAACACGAUUAAAGAGAGAUUCUCGAUACCAUUCUUUUUCAACCCUGCGCACUAUGUGAUGGUGAAGCCAUUGGAGGAAUUGUUGGAUGAGAAUAACGUUGCCAGGUACGAGGAGUUCAACUGGGGGGAGUUCUUAAUGACAAGGAGUAAUAGUAACUUCAAGAAGUUGGAUGUGGAAAACAUCCAGAUAUAUCAUUUCAAGAAGAGCAAGUGAUGUGAGAAAAUUUAUGUAGGAUUCCUGUUAUAUAUAUAUUGCAGAUAUCUGUGGUGUAGGUUGUUGAUGAGAUCUUGUAAGAUGAAAUAAAAUGGUGUUUAAUGCUGUUGAAAGAAUAUGAAGUUCAAUCGAAUCAGCUUUUGUUAGUAAAAA